UCAACGUAUUCCCGCGAACACCGCAGCCCAGAACGCUUCACAGCGCACCUACAAGCAACACUUCAAGAGCGAAUCAUGAUCCUAGACGGAGGUAUGGGUACGAUGAUCCAACAGCGGCGUCUGACGGAGGAGGACUUUCGCGGCGAGCGGUUUCGUGACCAUUCGAAGAAUCUGCAGGGUGACAACGACCUCCUUUGUCUAACACAGCCGGACGUUAUCGUUGAGAUUCACAAACAGUAUCUGUACGCGGGAGCGGAUUUCAUCGAGACAAAUACAUUCAACGCGACGAGCAUCGCGCAGGCUGACUACGGAUUGGAGCACGUGGUCUAUGACAUCAACAAGGCUGCCGCUCAGGUGGCGGGUAGAGCGGCGGACGAAGUCACCGCGGAAACAGGGGUCCCGAGGUUUGUGAUGGGAGCAAUUGGGCCAACCAAUAGGACCUUGUCUAUCUCACCUUCUGUUGAGAAACCCGAGUAUAGGAAUGUGAAGUUUGAUGAGCUUAGAGAAGCCUACAAAGAGCAGGCACGAGGUCUGAUGGAUGGUGGAGUUGAUGCAAUUAUUGUGGAGACAAUUUUUGACACCGCGAAUUCGAAGGCAGCUUUGUUUGGACUUGAGGAACUGUUUGAGUCUGAAUACGAGCGACUUCCUGUUUUUGUGUCGGGUACUAUCGUUGACAAGAGUGGACGAAACCUGUCUGGGCAGACUGCCGAGGCAUUUGUUAUUAGUGUGUCACAUACGAAACCUAUGGGUCUUGGUCUCAACUGUGCUCUUGGUGCGGAACAAAUGCGGCCAUUUAUUGAGGCUGUUGCUAGAUCAACAGAAUGCUACAUCGUGUGCUAUCCAAAUGCUGGCCUGCCAAAUGCUAUGGGGGAAUAUGAUGAGACCCCAAAAACAAUGGCCGGUCAUCUCCAAAAUUUUGCACAAGAUGGUCUUCUUAACAUCGUUGGAGGGUGCUGUGGUAGCAGACCUGAACAUAUUGAGGCUAUAGCUUUAGCUGUCAAAGGAUGCAAACCUCGUGAACGGCCACAGAACCUGUUUUCUGAUAUGCUUCUUCUCUCAGGCCUCGAAGCUAUCAAAAUUGGUCCACAGACCCUUUUUGUCAACAUCGGUGAAAGAUGCAAUGUGGCCGGUUCUCGUCGUUUUUGCAGAUUAAUCAAGACAAACAAAUAUGAUGAAGCUCUUAGUGUGGCCAAGAGCCAAGUAGAGAUGGGAGCUCAAGUUCUUGAUAUCAACAUGGAUGAAGGCAUGCUUGAUGGAGUGGCAGCUAUGAGCAAAUUUGUCAACCUGAUUACAACGGAACCAGAAAUAGCAUGUGUGCCUCUGUGUAUCGAUUCAUCCAACUUUGCAGUGAUUGAAGCUGGCCUAAAGUGUACACAGGGGAAGUGUAUUGUCAACAGCAUAAGUUUGAAAGAAGGAGAAGAGGACUUUGUGUCAAAGGCAAGAACCAUCAAGCGAUAUGGAGCAGCAGUUGUUGUCAUGGCAUUUGAUGAAGAAGGCCAAGCUACCGAUGCUGAAAGGAAGGUUGCCAUAUGUACUCGAUCGUACCGCAUUCUAACUGACAAGGUUGGAUUCAACCCGAAUGAUAUCAUUUUUGAUCCCAAUAUUCUUACCAUUGCCACUGGAAUGGAGGAACACAACGAAUAUGGAAUCACAUUUAUUGAAGCUACAAAAACGAUCAAGAAGACUUUGCCUGGAGCACGAAUCAGUGGCGGUGUAUCAAAUCUGUCUUUUUCAUUUCGAGGCAAGGAUGUUAUGCGAGAGGCUAUUCACACCGUGUUCCUAUUCCAUGCCAUCAAAGCAGGCAUGGAUAUGGGAAUUGUCAAUGCCGGCAAUUUGCCACUCUACAAUGACAUUCCAUCCAAUCUUCUGCAGAUGUGUGAAGAUUUGCUGUGGAACCGGCAUUCUCAAGCCACAGAAAUGUUGCUUGAAUAUGCACAGUCUUUGAUGGACAAAGGCAAGCAAACAGUUGCAACCGACGAGUGGAGAGAUAAUGAUGUAGAAUUCAGACUUGAGCAUUCACUAGUGAAGGGCAUCGACAAGUAUAUUAUUGGAGACACCGAGGAAGCUCGUGUGUGUACUGAUCGUUAUCCAAGACCCUUGAAUGUCAUUGAGGGCCCUCUAAUGAAAGGCAUGAGUGUGGUGGGUGAGCUUUUUGGUGCUGGUAAAAUGUUCCUUCCUCAAGUUAUCAAAUCUGCGCGAGUCAUGAAAAAGGCUGUAGGGCACUUGAUACCAUUCAUGGAACAAGAGAAGGAACAAAUGAGGCAGCUAAGAAAACAGGCCAAUGAGAAAGCGGGAGUCGAGAUAGAAGAGGACGAGGAGGAGGAAGACCCAUAUGCAGGCACUAUUGUUUUAGCAACUGUAAAGGGUGAUGUUCAUGAUAUUGGAAAGAACAUCGUUGGUGUCGUGCUGGGUUGUAAUAACUACAAGGUGAUUGACUUGGGAGUUAUGACUCCUUGUGAGAAGAUCCUUGAAACAGCUCGUGAGAACAACGCUGACAUCAUUGGUCUCUCGGGUCUUAUAACACCUUCGCUAGAUGAAAUGGUUCAUGUUGCCAAGGAGAUGGAACGUACACAGUGCAAGUUGCCUCUUCUCAUUGGAGGUGCCACGACCUCAAAGGCACACACAGCUGUGAAGAUUUCUCCACGAUACCAUCAACCGACUAUCCAUGUUCUAGAUGCAUCAAAGAGUGUGGUUGUUUGCUCUGCUCUGAUGGACAGCAACUUGAAGCAAGAAUUUUUUGAAGAAAUUGUAGAAGAGUAUGCUGACAUUCGUGAAGACUACUACGAAUCCCUUCAGGACCGUCGGUAUUUGGGCCUCCAGCAAGCACAGAAGUUGAAGCUAAAACUAAAGUGGGAUGAAUUUGAGCCGACUAAACCAACAUUUCUUGGCACAAGGACUUUCAAUGAUUAUGAUCUCUCAUCUCUGUUUCCAUACAUUGACUGGAAGCCAUUCUUCGACGUCUGGCAGCUCAGAGGCAAAUAUCCUAAUCGUGGAUACCCCAAGCUCUUCAAUGACAAGCAAGUUGGCGAGGAAGCCAAGAAAGUUUUCAAUGAUGCUCAAGCCAUGUUGGAGAAGGUCCAUGCUGACAAGUCACUCAAAGCAUCAGGGGCUAUAAGUUUCUUUGCUGCACAAAGUAGUGGUGAUGAUAUCCUGUUAUAUCAAGAUGAAGAGGCAGCGCAGAGGAAUGACGUACUGGCCACAUUGUAUGGACUGAGGCAGCAAGCAGAAAAGGAAGCAGGUGACACUUCUCCAUAUCUGUGUUUGUCAGAUUUUAUUGCUCCGAUCGAAUCAGGGAUUGUAGACUACAUAGGUAUGUUUGCUGUCUCGGCUGGAUUUGGGUGUGAGGAUCUCUCUUCCAAACACAAAGAAGUCUUCGAUGACUACAACUCCAUAAUGGUGAAAGCUCUUGCUGAUAGACUAGCUGAAGCUUUUGCAGAGGAGAUGCACGAGCGAGUACGCAAAGAGUUUUGGUGUUAUUCUCCUGAAGAAACUUUGGAUGCAAAAGCCCUCCACGGCGUCACCUACCAAGGUAUUCGUCCAGCACCAGGCUAUCCCAGUCAACCAGAUCACACAGAGAAAGAGACAAUGUGGGAUCUGAUGGCAGUAGCUGAGAACACAGGAAUUAUACUGACCGAGUCUUUGGCCAUGGAUCCUGCUGCAUCAGUCAGUGGUCUUUACUUUGCUAAUCGAGAGGCCAACUACUUUUCAGUUGGGAAGAUAACGAGAGAGCAGUUGCACAGCUAUGCCAAGAGAAAGGGGGCUACAGUGACAGACAUGGAAAAGUGGUUGGGAUAUUGUCUUUCUUAUGAUCCUGAUGAUGAAGAUUGAACUGAUAGGGCCAAAAGAACAGUUUUUGUUUUGAGAUAUAUGUAUCAUUGUAACAUUUAUUAAUUUAUUUCAUUAUUUGACUUAUCGAAGUCAACAUUGAUUGCACUACUAUGAUUUUAAGUUCUAAAGAUUGGCGUUCUCACAUGUAGGGCUUUAAUUUUAAUGAGUCUAAUAAAGUUCAGACCAGA